CCUGGGGAAGUCCCACAUAACUGUACUUCUCACUGUUCUUGCCUCGUGAGUAUAGUAGCAAAUAGUCUGAAAAUAAUAUGGCUAGUCAAAUGAUGGCUAGUUAUAAAGCUCCAUCAAGCAGAAGCUCCCAGAAAACAGAUGAUCUCGCAUGGUCAUACCCAUCUUACAUACCUCUACCUGGUCGCAUUGAUUUAGACAUAGAUCUAAUUCAGGCACAACCAGCUGCUGGUAGUGACAGUGACAAAGCCUGUGAUAAAGUUCCACUCCAAAAGAAAGAUGAGUUGGAGACAUUGAGGAAAGACCGAGAGGACAGCUUACUGAGAAUUGCUGACUUGGAACGACAAGUUCAAAUUGCCGAGCAAAGUGUACGACUCAAAGAGGGUGCUGCAACUGAUAUAAAGAAGCUACCGAAAAAGAAGAAAGCUGGUAGGAAAAAAACUAAGUCUAUCGAUGGAGCUCAUUUGGUUGCCAGGAUCGACGACUUUCAUCGAAACGAAGAAAAACUAACGGCAGAACUCAAGCAAAAAGAAGAUCAACGAUAUCAAGCAACACAACAGGUCAUUGCACUCAGAGAGCAGCUUAGCACUUUACAACACCAUAUUGAGAAUCUCAAAUAUGCAAAUAAACAGAUGGAAGGGGAAAUGAAGCAGCUUCUUGAGAUAGCGCCUGAAGAUAUACCUGACGAUGUCAAUGUCAGAGUGUUGAUCGCUCAGCUACGAGCCCGUGUCAGUAUGUUGGAGAGAGAAAACCAACAAAUCAAGGUGCAUACAGAAGAGCAGAGCAAACAAGUUCCGAUAAUGGAUCAAGAACAAAAAGGGAUUGAGGUAUGA